AUGUUUAUCACAAUCGCUCCCAAUUACUAUGUAGAAUACUGGUUCACGAUUGAUGGAAACAAGACGUCGUAUGCGAAAAGUUUUAUGAGUGCCCUGGGUAUAUCAGCUCAAAUACCUAAUUUUGUGGUGGGAUGUAUCAAUGUGAUGCAGAUUAUCGGAGGUCUGCUAAUGGUACGAAUUGCUGGCUCACUCUUAAUAAAUUGCCUUAAUGUCGUUGCAAUUCUUGCUCUAGUUAUAUUCCAGAAUCCAAGUGAAGAAGCGAUGGGUUGGUUCUUUACCGUAUCGUUGGUGAUUGUUAUGAUUAUGAACGCAUCAAAUGGUCUCUAUCAGAAUUCCGUGUUUGGGCUUGCAGCUGACUUCCCAGCUGCUUAUACCAAUGCUCUCGUGGUUGGUACCAACGUAUGCGGAACAUUUAUUAGUAAUUCCGUGUUUGGGCUUGCAGCUGAUUUCCCAGCUGCCUACACUAAUGCUCUCGUGGUUGGUACCAACGUAUGCGGAACAUUUAUUACAUUACCAUCCGACUACAAAGCAGUAGCCAUUAUAUACUUUUCAAUUUCUUUGGGGGUUCUCAUACUAUGUGGGAUAUCGCUUGUGAUUCUUACAAGAUUGGUAGGUCGAGUUUGGAAAAAGUUCUACCAAUACUACCUUGAAAAGGGAAACCGAGCUAGGGCAGCGCAGACCUCUGGUCGGCCAACUUUGCGAGAAUUCUGGGAGACAUUCAAAGGAAAUUUUUUGUUCUCUAUAAUAAUUGCAUAUAUUGUUCUUUUACCUGGAACACCUGCUUUUUUUUUGGCGAAUCUAUCAAGUUCAUUCCAAGGUGGAAAACGAGUUACUGAAAAAAAAUUCCAUCUACGUUUUGAUGAUGUGAAGUCUUUUAAGCCAUCAUAG